AAGUGCAGCAGCAAAGCGAACGCGCUGCUGCUGCACAAUCGGGUUUGAAUUGGCACCCUGUCAACAUGCUUUUGUGAUCGUCACUGCAGUUUGAGAUUUUCACUUGAAUUAAAGCAGCACUCGAAUGUGUAGCAAAUUGACUGGAGCAUCGAAAUAGCAUAACAACGAGGUGUGACGCAGUGCAGGGAGAUGGACGUGGACCUUGUGAACAUGUUUCUCAUCGCUGGCGGCACGCUGGCCAUUCCCAUCCUGGCAUUUGUUGCCUCAUUUCUGCUGUGGCCUGCGGCUCUCAUCAAAGUGUAUUAUUGGUACUGGCGGCGGACGCUGGGACUGCAGGUGAUGCAUGCGGAGAGCGACGGGUAUCGCUUCUGCUACUCGUACCGCGGGAAGCCUGGGACCCGGCCCUCCAUCCUCAUGCUGCACGGCUUCUCUGCGCACAAAGACAUGUGGCUGACCGUCGUCAAGUAUCUCCCGAAGCACCUUCACCUGGUCUGUGUGGACAUGCCAGGACAUGAGGGCACCUCCCGCACCUGUGCUGAGGACUACUCCAUCGAGGGGCAGGUGCGGAGGAUACACCAGUUUGUCGAGUGUAUCCGUCUCAAUAAGAAGCCCUUUCAUCUGGUGGGCACCUCGAUGGGAGGGAACGUGGCUGGAGUGUACGCUGCCCGCUACCCCUCCCACCUCUGCAGCGCCUCGCUCAUCUGCCCUGCAGGUCUACAGAUCCCCAAUGAAAGUAAGCUUGUGAAGCAGCUGCAUGAACGGCAGGCAACGCAGAACAUGUCAGGGAUCCCUCUCAUCCCCUCCACCCCCGAGGAGAUGGAGGACAUGCUGAAGCUCCUCUCCUACGUGAGAUUCAAAGUGCCACAGCAGAUUCUGCAGGGACUGGUAGAUGUUCGAAUACCACACAAUGAUUUCUAUCGUGAAGUGUUUUUAGAGAUUGUGGGUGAGAAGUCGAGACACUCCCUGCAGGAGAACAUGCACUUGAUUACCGUCCCACUGCAGGUGAUCUGGGGGAAACAGGAUCAGGUUAUUGAUGUCUCCGGGGCGACGGUUCUAGCCAGCGGUGUUCGCGACUGCCGUGUGGAUCUGCUGGAGAACUGUGGUCACUCCGUGGUGAUGGAGCGGCCCCGGAAAACCGCCAGGCUCAUCCUGGAAUUCCUCAUCGCGCAGCAGGACAGCAGCAGCAAGAAGUUCUCCUGAGCAGAGCUGCAACUCCACCCCUCUGUCUGGCCUGCCUGCAAAUAUUUUAUAUGAACAGUCUCAGAUGCAUUUCUCUGGUUACAGGGGUCCAGGUGCCACAGUCCCUGAGGAAAGUACUGUAGGAUUUUACUAAGCCUCAGCUGCCAUGUGUACAGUGUAACUGUGGAGCGUAGACAAAAGGGGACGAAGUGGAACUGACAGGACUUGAAAAUCUGUUAAUAGAAGGGGAGUAAGGCAAACUGCUGGGCUGCCCUGCAGACCCAAACUCCCCUUGCAACUGGAAAGGCAUUACAAUGGACACAUCUCCUUAUAAUAAUAAUAAUAAUAAUAAUAAUAAUAAUAAUAAUAAUAAUAAACUGUCUUCCAUUUACCACUUGGCAGAACAGGACAAGAAAAAGAGGGCUGCAAUAUUCUCAGGGGCUACAAGUGAUACCCUAAAUGAUAAACACACGAGUAAGCCACAAGCUUUAAUAUUACUUAAUAUGAUCAGCAAACCCACAAUUGCACAGUAGUAAGUAGUAAUUAGACACGAUUUAGUGUUUUGUUUUUCUGUAUUUCAAAGCCUGCCACCUGCUGAUCUUUGUAAACUACAGGACUCGCAUCAGUAAGCAAGCUGCAUUGGUCAAAGAGCACUGGAAUCCUCCCCGCUCUGCUUUGUCAGUUGUUGUAAUAGACCACGUAAUAGAAAAUAUACCAUGUAAUAGACCAUGAAAUCUUAUAUUUGCAUGGGAAACUUACAGCGUUAAACUGAACAUGAAUGCUUUUUAAGAUUAGUUGAUACUUAUGCACUGUAGACUUUCUUACAAUCCUAGUGUAUAUUACCAUAAUUAAUAUCUUAAUUUAUAUAUCUAUAUGGAGAUAGGUAAAUAAUUUGGGGAGGGGAAAAUAAUAUAAUGUAAUGUUGAUUUGUUACUGCAUUUAAAAAAAAAAAAAGUUAUAAUAAUAAUAAUAGCACCCUCUGCUGGAUCCAGACCGUGUUGUUUCGAGGACUGGCAAGUGCAACCCUGUAUGUCUCUGGUAGUACUCUGAAGAAGCAGUAGAUUGUGUGUUUACCUCUUCAAUAUGCAAUAUGUAUAUAGACACUUUGAUUGCUUCUCCACAAAUCUGAAACCAUUGAAAUAUUUAAGCAAUACUUUUGAAUGCUGCAAAAAACCAUAGGUAAUAUAAAACAGUGCUCACUAAGAUGACACUAUUUCACGAAGGCUGUGUAUAACAAGCCACUCAUGAAGCCUCAGAAUUCUUUAUGUACCUGUAGGAUUUUCUGCAAUAAACUGCUGUGUGUAUUACUAUCACACCCUGAUGAAGUGCUGUGUGUAUUACUGUCACACCCUGAUGAACUGCUGUGUGUAUUACUGUCACACCCUGAUGAACUGGCAUGUGUAUUACUGUCACACCCUGAUGAAGUGCUGUGUGUAUUACUAUCACACCCUGAUGAAGUGCUGUGUGUAUUACUAUCACACCCUGAUGAACUGGCAUGUGUAUUAAUAAGUUAAUUGUCAUUAAACUCGGUUGUC